AUGUUGGUAUGGAAAACUCCAAUCGUCUCAAAAUCAUCAAUUUUCGUCCACAAAAAACGUGCCCAGCCCCAAAUUUCGCGCAGAAUUCAAAAAUCUUACCCAAAUCUCAUUUCCAGACACCGCAAGUCUUCCAUGUUGUCGUGAUCGAUUUGGAGAGCAAGCCUGUCAAUCGUUGCGCAAAUCUCAACCAGCCUAUUUCGAAAAGCGCUGUCUUUCAGAUCACGAUUUCAGCUCAAUAGAUUGUUGUGGUGAAUGUCGGAAAUAUAUCGAGAGAAAUAAUAUAAGUUUGGAUAACUCGAGAGCUGUUCAAAAAGCGCCAGCAUUGUGCAAAGAUAAACAUUCAAUCAGUUUUUGUAGGCGAUUUAAAACCGUCGGAAUGGGCAAAUAUAGGUAAUUUCAGCUGAAAAUUUCAGAUUUUUCAUUGAAAAAUGCUCCAAACUCACCAAAAAUCCAUUUCAGCUGCUCAAACGCCGAAUUUGCCGUGCGAGUUUGCCGGCAUUCUUGCGGCUAUUGCAAUGACGAGCUAUACGCCACCAAAAAUGCUCCGCAACUUUGCUCAGACUCCAAUAAAUUUGUGCCAGCUUUGGUUAAUGGAACAGAAUUGCACUGGGCUUUUGGAAGAGUCUAG